UUAAUAAGGUUCAUACGGUUUCACAAUUUGUCUGGAACAUAAAAAAAAUGAAUUAUCUGGAAAAUUUGCUGAUCUAUUUCACAAAUCUUUCUACAUUUUAUAUAUUCAGUAUAGUUACAUCUGUGGCAAUCGUUAUUUUAACCAUUUAUGUAGGAAGUGUGACACGGCUCACAAACGGAACUAAUGGACCAGAUGAUAAUAAAUUGCAGCACCUUACGAAGGUAUAAUUGAACAACCAAAACAGUUAGAUGAUUGACGAAGAAAGCGAAGACGAAAACUUGAGGAUAGAAUCCGUUCGGCAGCUAAAAUCUGCGAAAUUAAAGUCUUUGGAAAAAACUCUCACGGAAGAACAGAGGGAGGCCGAAAAAGAAAUCGAAAAAGUGCAACUAGCUGCGAUAUUUGAUCUGCUUCGGAAACAAAAUGAAGAGUUUCGUAUAGAUUCGGCUCUUAAUGAAGAUGAGCUCCACGACCAGCUUAGCUUGUAUCGGUGAAAACUACAUUGAAAAAAAGUUCAACGAAAUAAUAAGUUAUUAAAUUAUUUUACACUUCAAAAAGAGUUCAAUUGAACGGUAUUAGAUACAUCAAUUAAACAGAUGAGUUUUAGUUGUUUAUAAAAUAACGUUACUAUCAAAAGUAGAUAUACCGAAUGAAAAUUUAUUUAAGUAGAGCACAGUGGUGUAAAUGUCUAGUUCACAAGCAAAGGUUAAGUUUAAUGUCAUAGUCUAGUCUUUAGUUGUAACACAUCUUUAUCCGUCCUCCCAUAUCUAUAUGUAUAAUUCAAAUCAUGGAUAUACCUACUUUUCAUUUUUUUAUAUUUUCGUUUCAAAAGGGUAAUGUAAAUUAACUAAUGUAAUAUUUCUAAUUCUAGUCAAACCAGUUGAAUGUACGUGAUUCGAUUUUACAAAGCUUCUUCUGUUCUUACUAUUAAUAUAUAAUCAUUAGAAUAAAAGUACAAGAACCGUAACCUCCAAUAUACAGAAUUGAAAUAUUUGAUUAUAUUUUAAGUAGAAUAUUUCUAACGUUUCAAUACAGGAGUCCCGGUUCAAAAAUUCAUGCUGAAUUAGUUUCUCAGCUCAUUGCACUGAAUGAAAACAUUAUAUUCGCGCUAUCUGAUAGAAAAUAUAUGACGCAGUUUCGUAUGCAAUUUCAUUAAACUUACGACUACUAUAAAAACGAAAAUAAUGGAUUUUGUGAAAGCAGUUAUUAUCUGCGCCAUGAUAUCUACAAAUGGUGGCUCAUGCAUGGGUCUAUUUUGGCCUUAUUAGAGAAAGUGCCGUACUAUUUUAUUAAUAACUCGGCCUACAACCAAUAGAUUCCAUAUAAAGAGGCAUCGACAUCUUUGAUACGAUUCCAUUUAAUCUCAAUUUUCAUAUCAAUGUAAUGAUUUUUUUAAUAAUUUUGUUCAUAUCAAUAAAGUUGCCUUUUUGGAAAAAUCGUCCCUUUUUACAUGAAUAAAUUUUUUAAAUGAAUCGUUCAAGGAUACCACAAGCUCAUAAACAAAUAAAAUUUGUUUAGUUUAAUGCUUUGAGCUGUUGGACUGGAAUGAUAGUCACGGCAAGCCUCUUCGAAAAAACACGUUUUGCGGAAAUUGUUACAACUUUGAUAAUUAUUAGUAUUUUUCAUGCUCUCGAGCUGAAUUUACAAAUUAGACAUUGUGCUAGGCAAGACUUACAACAAGUAUGCAAUGAAAAUGUGGCUUUACAAAAAUUCAUACUGUUCCCUAUUUUCCCGCACCUCAACAUUUAUAACCUAUUACAGUAUAAACGCUCAAAAUAAACACUGCUAUCUUGUGAACUACUCAUCAUAUAGAUUCUCUUCCGGGCAACCGGCACAGUGUAUUUAAUAGAACCACCUUAUGCAAAAUCAGCAUCUCUGAAAUUUCGGAAUAGGAAAGAAUGGACUUUCACUAGCGACCAACAUUAAAAUAAUUCGUCGCACAGUGGCCUAACUAGAACAAAUUCCUAGUGAAAACUUUUCUGUACGUUUGCAAGCAUUAUGUGGCAUGUCAAAGAGUGUUUAAAAUGGUUUUAGCCUUUCUCAUAUAGAAAGGCAAUGCAAUUGCUCCAAAAAUUGACUUUCUAACCGAGGCCUGGAGGGCCGAGUCUCAUAUACCACUCGACUUAGUUCGUCGAGAUUGAAAAAUAUCUGUA